AAACCAAUUCAUAUUUGGGUCAUGGCACGUAAUUUCCUGGUUUUCUUCCAUCUGGGCCCUUUUCUUGUCUCUCUCUCACACGCGUACACACAGACACAUAGUUGUUGCAGCUUAACAUCAUUGUAGCCUCCUUAGCUUUAUGCAAAAACUCGCUACAGCUCUCUUUUUUACUUCAAUAAUCUCAAACAACCCAACUUUGAUUUCAGCUGGGGGCAAGACCAGAUAUUUUCUUUUGCUUUUGAAGAAUUUCAACAGUUGACCCUCAAGGAUUUGCCUUAUUUUGAGUUGGGUGAGUUGAAGAACCCGUUCAAUCAGCAAAAGAUUGUAUAUUUGUUUGUAUUUCAUUGAUCCUUCUGAGUUUUUGGGCUUUCGAGGGUAGAAUGGAGACACAUAAUGGUGAUAGUGUUCGCAAGUCAAAGACAGAUGAUUAUGAAAUGUUAGAGCAAAUUGGACGAGGCGCUUUUGGAACAACAUAUCUUGUUUUUCAUACAAGCGAGAAGAAGAAGUAUGUUCUGAAGAAGAUACCUUUAGCAAAGCAGACAGAGAAGUUCAAACGUACUGCACAUCAAGAGAUGAAUCUGGUAGCUAAGCUAAGUCAUCCAUAUAUUGUGGAGUACAAGGAUGCAUGGGUCGACAAGGGGAACUGGAUAUGCAUUGUUACCAACUAUUGUGAAGGUGGAGAUAUGGCAAAGAUCACAAGGAAGUCUAGAGCAGCUCUCUUCCCAGAAGAGAAACUCUGCAAAUGGUUGACCCAGCUAUUACUGGCGCUGGAUUAUCUGCACUCCAACCGUGUUCUACACAGAGACGUGAAGUUAUCUAACAUUUUUGUCACAAAGGACAAUGACAUCCGGCUAGGUGAUUUUGGAUUAGCAAAACUUUUAGAUGGAGAAGGCCUUGCUUCCUCGGUUGUUGGUACUCCAAACUAUAUGUGUCCUGAACUCCUUGCUGAUAUACCGUAUGGCUACAAAUCUGACAUAUGGUCUCUCGGAUGCUGCAUGUUUGAGAUUGCUGCACACCAAGCACCAUUUAGAGCUCCAGACACAACGGGGCUAAUCAAUAAAAUAAACAGGGGUUCUUUGUCACCACUUCCAAUUGUAUAUUCCUCCAACUUGAAACAGAUUAUCAAAAGCAUGCUAAGGAAAAGCCCUGAACACAGACCAACAACUGCGGAAUUGUUAAGGCAUCAACAUUUGCAACCAUACCUCCUUCGCUGCUGCAAUCCUUCAUCUGCUUUUCUUCCAGUGAAGUCCCCAAACAGCCCAAAGGAAAAAACAAAGCGAUCACCUGGAAAAUCUGGCAGUCCUAGAUUCAUAAGAGACAGACCUCUAAGACUAAAAGAGAAGUGUCCUGUUUUUCACUUUGAUGAAAGUGACAAACCUCUUAGGCUUAAAGAGAAGGGUCCUGUUUUUUACUUUGAUGAAAGGGACAACAUUCGGCCACAAAAUUUAUCAGACAACUAUGAUACAUUUAAAGCCAAACUCGAGACUAAGAGAGUUGAUCCCACUAGCUACUCAGCAAAGAUAUUUGAAGAUGGCAUGGAUUCGAAAGGCUUUGAGGCAGAAGCUAUUUGCAAUGGAGGCGAUCAAUCCGAUCCUCUAUUUAAAAAAGGUAGUACAAAUAUACCGAACUCUUCAAGAUUCAUGGCAAACAUUCACUCUCAGGAGCAAGAGCAAGUUUCUGUUGAGCACGUUCAACAAUCUGAAGAAGAUGGGAUGGAGAGUGACAAAACAAUAUACCUUGGGGUGUUGAGCACUCCAAGUGGCAGUGGAGAAGCAGACUUGAAUGAACUAGAAUGUAUUUCCGCAAAGCCUAGUAGAAUGAUUUUGUCUAGUGGAAACUCCAGUGAGAAAAGACAGUCGUUUGAUGAAGAAAGCACUUCGUCGACUACACGACCUGCAAAAUCUGAUCCUGAUGCUGAACUAAGGUGUCAUGCAUCUGAAUGUGAAAAUGUUAGCGAGUUUAAUGAAGUUGCUGUUGACUGCAUUGCUUCUGAAAGAAAUAGAUUAAGCCCACUUACUGAUGAGGUAGAAAAGAAUGCAGAUAUGGUUGAAGCUGCUAAACAGACCGAUAAAGAUGCUCGUCAAGCACUAGAUGAUGGGGUUUCACUGCUUAAGGCACUAGCUACCUUAGCUGGUGAUGGGCACAAGAACGACUGGGAAAAUCCCACUCAAGAAAGAGCUGAAGCUCUGGAAUCCCUUUUAGAGGUUUGUGCACGACUACUCAAGCAGGAAAAAAUUGAUGAGCUUGCUGGUGUGCUGAAACCAUUUGGCGAUGAUGCAGUUUCAUCCAGAGAAACGGCAAUAUGGUUGACAAAAAGCCUCAUGAGUGCACAAAAAUUGGCCAAGGGGUCGUGAUUUUGUGAUGGCAGCUUUCCCUUCACUGGAAUAUUACUGUACAGGGAUUUGUUUGCUUUCUGUGGGUUGAAAUAGAUGUCAAGCUUGACUGUUGUUUGAUUACCUUCUAAAUGAUUUGAUUUAUGGGAAAGCUUACUUUGAUGUUAUUUUUCAUCAAAAGGAGCUUCUCUGGUGUGUACAUGAGUGCAAACUAAGUUAUUGUUGGAGGCUUGUUGGAUUGUGGUUUCCUUAGUUUGUGUGUAUAAUUGUAGGCCAUCUGAUGAAAUUGUGAAGAUCUUAAAUUACUCAAGCUUAGUUUGCUAAUGUUUUCAGUUUUGGGUU